AUGGGUAAUAGGGUCAAAUCGCCUGGAAAAAUGAAAUCAAAUCCGAGUAAAAGAAAUCCAGAACAUUUCUGUGAAUUUCACAAAGGACAUGCUCACAAAACAGAGGAUUGUCAUUCAUUGCGAUUGGCAGUCGCCGAACUCUUGGAGCAAGGGCAUUUGACAGAGUUACUUUCGGAGAAAGACAAACAAGCAUAUUAUCGGAAUAGGGAGCAAGGAGCACAUCCACCACUUCCCGAGCCAAAGGGAGUAGUUAAUUUUAUUACAGGUGGUAAAGAUGUCAAUAUCACAGGAGGGUUGGACGUCAACAAAGUCACUUACACUUCAGGCGUGAAGUUCAAAAGAGUAACAACCAAAAAUGAAAAAAGGGAUAGGCUAGCCCUCGUCGAGGAUUGUAUCACCUUCGAUGAAGCUAACUCCGAUAAUAUGCAAUAUCCGCCUAAUGAUGGGUUAGUAAUUACUUUGCGCAUCUUAGAUACUGAUAUUAAGCGUGUUUUUGUUCAUCAGGGAAGUGCUGCCAACAUCAUAAACAUCAGGGUCAUAGAGGAGAUGAAAUUGACGAGCAAAAUAAUCCAUAAAUCCAUCAUGCUCACUGGGUUCAAUAAUUCAAUAGAAAGAACUCUGGAUGAAAUUAUUUUACCACUAGUAGCAGGUGGAGCGGAGCCACAAACUAUUUUUUCAAUCAUGUCCUCUGCAAUGGCUUAUAACAUGAUAGUUGGACGUCCCUGGAUUCACGCCAUGAAAGCGGUGCCAUCAACAUAUCACCAAGUGAUCAAAUUUCCAACGGCGUGGGGCGUAGGCGAAGUUCGUGGAGAGCAAAGAAUUUUCAAAGACUGUUACACUGUGGCGUAA